AUGGCCGUUUUCCCUGUCCCACGAACGCUGGCCUCGCGACUGCUGGCCAGGACGACCCGGUCGUUCACGCGACCAUCUCCCGUCAAUCCCCUCCUACGCGUUGUUUGCAAUUCCUCGGCCAACAAAUCUGGAGACGGCCGUCGCGGCGACUGGUCCGACCUCACGUUAUUCUACAAAGACGCUAGGACAUAUGCAACAGCCACCAAGAAGCCAGCAGGCAAGCCCAAGGCGCAUGUAGGACGCGCAGCAGCCGGCAAAAAGAAGGCCACUCCGAAGAAGAAGGCGACCAAGAAGCCAAAGAAGAAGGCAGUGAAGAAGCCAAAGGCAAAGAAAGCACCCAGCAAGACAGCUCUCGCCCAGCAAGCGCGCAAGGCACUAUCAGACCUGCGAGCUGCGGCACUACUGGAAGAACCUAAACAACUGCCUUCAACAGCAUUCUCGGUGAUCCUGGUGGAGGAAGCGAAGAAGAGCAAAGCGUUUGCCGGCUCUGCUACUGCAGCAUCAGAGAAGUAUAGAAAUCUGAGCUCCGAAGAGCGCGAGCAAUACAAUCACCAAGCCAAUCAGAACAAACAACAGAACACUAUUGCAUACAAGAACUGGGUACAAAGUUACACACCUCUACAGAUCAAGCAAGCAAACAAUGCUCGACACCAACUCACCAAAAAAGCCAAGGCGGCAGGGAAGAAGACCAAAUACCCGACGAUCCAGGAUGAUCGGGCAGUGAAGGCACCGCGCAAUGCCUACACCUUCUUCUUUACUGAUAGACAUUUGUCUGGUGACAUGUCAGGAAUGUCAGUCGGAGAAUCAGGUAAAUUAUUGGGCAGGGAGUGGAAAAACUUGUCUGCGGCAGAGAAGAAGCCAUACAACGAUAAGGCCGACGCUGACAGAGCUCGAUACGUCGAGGAAUGCCGGUCUGUCUACGGUGUUGAUCCCGUUAUUCGAAAGCGAGCGCCCGAAGCAUCCUGA